ACUCUCUCCGCUGUGAGAUCUGGUUGACGCAGUGUCCGUCAAGUUCAUUCAGUUGGCGUGUUUGUCUCAUUGCUUGUGGUCCAUCGGCUGGCAUCAUCUUUGCUGCUCUCUGUUUGUGUAUCGGUUCGUAGAGAUGGCCCCGAAGGCAGGAGAAGAGCAGAAGGCUACCAAGUCCAAGGCUGAGAAGAAGCCCGUGGUGAAGAAGGCGGAGAAGAAGAUCAAGGCCGACACCAAGGGCGAUUCGAAGAAGAAGAAGUCGAAGAAGAACGUGGAGACGUACAAGAUCUACAUAUACAAGGUGUUGAAGCAGGUUCAUCCUGACACUGGUAUUUCAUCGAAGGCUAUGGGUAUUAUGAACUCGUUCAUUAACGAUAUUUUCGAGAAGCUGGCGCAAGAGGCGGCCCGACUGUCUCGGUAUAACAAGAAGCCGACGAUCACUUCUCGCGAGAUUCAGACUGCAGUUCGUCUGAUUCUCCCAGGAGAGUUGGCUAAGCACGCAGUCUCAGAAGGCACAAAGGCCGUGACGAAGUUCACCAGCGCCUAGAGACGAUUUUGACUUAGAUACUAAAUUGGUGUUUAUGAACACCAUUAACUGGGAUGAAAUCGACGCUCCUUCACCCCUAGGGCGUAGCAAUUGUUUUUGUUGUGGAGGGAGGCUGUAGUCUUGCGUGUUUACUUCUGUCAAUGUAUGCUGUUGACUGUUUCUAGGGGCCCAGGCUGAAGUCUGUCUCACUGCUGUGUCAAAGAAGGCACGCCGUAAGGAAUUCACUGUCUGUGAACGAUGAGAAACAGGCAUGUUUGAUCGAUUACUAUUCUGCA